CCUUCACUGACAGUGAGAAACCUGCACUGCACUGCACUGCACUGCACCCUUUUCUCACGCACGCACGCAUACUCAAAAACUCAACCCUUUUUCCCUUCACACACAAGGGAAAGGCAAUUUGAGAGAUUUCAGAACACUUCUGAGCCUCUGAUAAAAACAAACACACAUCUCAUCACCUUCAGAUCAUGCCCUUCCUUACUAUAUAAUUGUUUGCCCUUUUGGCCCCUCUCUCCAUUCUUCAAAUCCACCCCAAUAUAACACCCUCUCUUCAUUCCUUUCCUCUUCAGUUUCAAACCCUUUUUUUCUUCACUUCUUGCUGAUCAACUUUGUCUUUUGAAGUCCAGGGUUUUCGGCUAUGGAUAGUUACCAUCAUUUUGACAAUGGUGAAACGCAUUUACCUCCAGGUUUUCGUUUCCAUCCAACUGAUGAAGAGCUCAUUACAUACUAUCUGGUGAAGAAAGUUCUUGAUAGGAGCUUUACUGGUAGAGCCAUAGCUGAAGUUGACCUCAACAAGUGUGAGCCUUGGGAACUUCCUGACAGGGCAAAGAUGGGAGAGAAAGAGUGGUACUUUUUUAGCCUAAGAGAUAGGAAGUACCCAACUGGGUUGAGAACUAACCGAGCUACUGAAGCUGGUUACUGGAAAGCUACUGGGAAAGAUAGGGAGAUUUAUAGUUCAAAGACUUGUGCACUUGUUGGAAUGAAGAAAACUCUGGUUUUCUAUAGAGGAAGAGCUCCUAAAGGAGAGAAAAGCAACUGGGUCAUGCAUGAAUAUCGCCUUGAAGGCAAAUUUGCUUACCAUUAUCUCUCUAGAAGCUCCAAGUUAUUCCAGGAUGAGUGGGUAAUAUCCAGGGUCUUUCAGAAGAGCAGCGGAGGAGCCAAGAAGGCCCCCAUGAGCGCCGCUUCCAUGGUGCUCUACCAAGAACCAAGCUCACCUUCCUCGGUCUCUCUUCCACCGCUCCUGGAUACCACCAAUGCUACUGGCAGUGGUACCGCUACCGGUGCUUCCCUCACUGACCGUGACAGCUGCUCUUACGACAGCCAUAACCAAUCCGAGCACGUGUCCUGUUUCUCCACCAUUGCUGCCACCUCGUCAGCCACCCUUCCUGGCUACCACAGCGGAUUCGACCUUGCAUUGCCAACCCCACCCCAGAUGAAUAACAGUUUUGAUUCAAUUGCAAGGUACACAAGAAAUGUGGGUGUUCCAGUGUUUCCAAGCUUGAGGUCUCUCGAGGAGAAUUUGCAGCUCCCUUUCUAUUUCUCGGAGCCAACAUUGGCGGGGGCGGCACCACCACUUGACGGUGGUUCAUCAGCGAACUGGGGAGCUGUUUCUGAGGAAGGAAACAGUGGUUCUGUUGCUGAUGGCAAGAUGUCCAAUAUAGGUCCUACUGAGCUUGAUUGCAUGUGGACUUACUAAGUAGGAAGUUGAGGAAGGAAUUUCCAUUUAUGUGUUUGAAAAAGACUGCUGUCUAAUGCUAGCUAUAAUGUAGUUAGAUUUCAAUUUCAUGACUCUUUACUUUUAAUGAAUCCUAGUAUUUGCUGC